CUCAGAUUGUCCACGGACUGGCAGCGAUGUCCUUUUAUUUUUCGCAAUAAUAUUUUUCAGAAUUAUUCCCAAUCACAUUUUUCAAAUUGCGAUAUUUACGGAAGGAUAACCGAGCAGCGAUAAAUUUCAUCUGAAAAUCUAGAUCCGCAUCUAGAUCUGUAAAAUCUGAUGAAUACAAACGUAAAAAAUCAUUUCCCCAACACGUGAGUUGACUUCUCUGGGACAAUCGAGAUUGAAAAAAAUUCUUCCCCAACCGUACGUGGCACACAGCGGUUCACUUCGUUACAGAUCAACUACCUUCGUUCAACUUUCGAGGGAAUUGGCAUACAACUAUUCCAUCCACUGAGGAAGACGUGCUUAUUCUCCCAGUUGAGUCCACCAGGCCAUCGGAUUCAGUUUCAAAAUCAUAGUGUCGGUGGCGCACUUCCCACCGGCUUUGCAGCUUGCCACACGUAAAAUUCAAUUUUGAUCAAUUUCCGGCUUCACUCGAUUAUUCAGUGAGACCGGCAGCGGAAAUUUCAUUGAACAAGAGUUUACAAUUGAGUUGAAUCCCUGGGGGUCUUGAGGUGCUGCCGGGGCGCUUCACAAAGUUGGGAAAUUAUUUUUAAAAUGUCCUGGAGUACGGUGAAGGAUCGGUUGAGCCGGAGAGAUGCUUCGGAUGCUGGAUUGAAAGAGGAGAGCCUGGACGGUCAGAGUCCGGAGGCGAAAAGCCCUGGAGAUGAGCCGAAAGUGAAGAGAUAUAGAAAUAAACAUAUGAAGCAGUUUCCGGAGUUGUACAGGAGCGAUGUGUCCAUUCACCCGAGUUAUACUGGAUUGAAAACGCUUCCUUACUACGUAGUGUGUCGCCGAAGAGCCCACAAGACUCGCAAACAAAUCACACGUCAGCUAAAUUGGGAGAUUAAGCACAUGGCGAUGAUACAGACAUAUGCACUUGGAGGGGUGAGAAUAGACAGGACAUUCAGCAUUGGAUUUCCUCAGGAUGCCCUGGUAAUCCCGGAUUUCGCGACGGAUAAGGAGAGAAGACGGAUUAACGAAUUAGUCGGCAUCAGAUAGUACCGAUUGUUUCAUGUUUUUAUUCUUUGCGAACCGGUGCGAUAAAGAAUCGCAAAAGACCAUGAUUGAAAGCUCACCUAAAAUUAAGAUAUAAUUUGAAGAUUGCAAAUAAAUUAUCUGAACAAUGUGAUGUAAUGCAAUUGCAGCUGGAAAAUCUAUGAGAGAUAAUAAAGGAAAUAAUUCU